AGAAUUCUCAGUAUUGAUUCAGCUAUGGAACGAAUAACAUUAGGAACUUUUCUGCUCUUCAGCUUUGCUUUGUCAAGCUUUGGGGCAUACACCGAUCCACAUUGGCAGAGUGGAAGAAGCACAAUGGUUCAUUUGAUGGAUUGGAGAUGGACUGAUAUUGCUUUGGAAUGUGAGACUUUUUUGGGACCUAAUGGAUAUGCUGGAGUUCAAGUAAGUCCAGCAAAUGAAUACAACGUGUUUGAUGAUGAUCGUUCAUGGAUGGAACGUUAUGGUCCAGUAAGUUAUAUUCUUACAACAAGAUCAGGAAAUGAAGCUGCAUUCGCAGUCAUGACAAGGCGUUGUAAUGCUGUCGGUGUUAGAAUUUAUGUUGAUGUUGUCUUUAACCAUAUGACUGGAAGUGGACGAUUAGGUUCAGCUGGAAACACUGCAGAUCCACCAAAUCGUAACUAUCCAGGAGUUCCUUUCACAGCAGAGCAUUUUAAUCCAUCAUGCAACAUUAAUAACUGGAAUAAUGGAAUUGAAAUUCGUAAUUGUGAAUUGUUAGGACUUCCAGAUCUUAACCAAGGAAAUGAGUAUGUCAGAACAAAGAUUGUCGACUUUUUGAAUCACUUAAUUGACCUUGGAGUGGCUGGAUUCCGUGUUGAUGCAAUGAAGCAUAUGUGGCCCGGUGAUCUUGAAGUCAUUUGGAGUCGUCUGAAGAAUCUUAAUACAGGCCAUGGGUUUGCAGCUAAUUCACGACCAUUUGUUGUUGGAGAAGUUAUUGCUGGAUAUAGUGUUGCAAAUGAUGGAUUCCUUGCUAGUGAUUAUUUCCCAUUAGGAACUGUCACUGAAUUCCGUUAUUCGCAAGAAAUCUCUCGAGUUUUUGGUGGAAAUGAUCUUCUUAGGUGGCUUCAAAAUUUCGGUGAAGGAUGGGGUUUCUGGCCUUCGAAGUAUGCUCUCACUUUUGUCGACAAUCAUGACAAUCAACGUGAUGGACACGUGUUAACAUACAAAAGUGGAAGAACUUACGAAAUGGCAACAGCUUUUCAUAUGGCAUGGCCUUAUGGAGUUCCAAGAAUUAUGAGUUCAUUCAACUUUACUACUCGCGAUCAAGGACCACCACGUGAUGCAGUAGGAAAUAUUGUUGCUCCAACAUUUAAUGCAGCAGGACAGUGCACAAAUGGAUGGGUUUGUGAGCAUAGAUGGCAUCAAAUCAAAGAGAUGGUUAAGUUCAGAAAUGUUGCUGGAAGUGCAGCUGUAGCUAAUUGGUGGGACAACGGAAGUAAUCAAAUUGCAUUCUCGAGAGGAAAUCGAGCAUUUAUUGCCUUCAAUGGACAAUUUGGAGUGCAUUUAAGUGCAACUUUACAGACGGGACUCGCAGCUGGAACUUAUUGCGAUAUUGCUACUGGAGUAAAAUCAGGAAGUUCUUGUACCGGUGGAUCUGUUACAGUUGCAACUGGUGGAACUGCCAACAUCUUUUUAAGUGCUAAUGUACCACAAGGAUUUAUUGCUAUUCAUGCUGACAGUCGAUUUAUUAAUUUAGCUAUGGGACGAGUAACAUUAGGAACUUUAUUGCUCUUCAGCUUUGCUUUGUCAAGUUUUGGGGCAUAUACGGAUCCCCAUUGGUGGAGUGGCAGAAGUGCAAUGGUUCAUUUGAUGGAUUGGAGAUGGGUUGAUAUUGCAAAUGAAUGUGAAUCAUUUUUAGCUCCAAAUGGAUAUGCUGGAGUACAAGUUAGUCCAGCAAAUGAAUAUAAUGUCUUUGAUGAUGAUCGUUCAUGGAUGGAACGUUACGGUCCAGUAAGUUAUAUUCUUACAACAAGAUCAGGAAAUGAAGCUGCAUUCGCUGAUAUGACAAGGCGUUGUAAUGCUGUCGGUGUCAGAAUUUAUGUUGAUGUCGUCGUUAAUCACAUGACAGGAAGUGGACGAUUAGGUUCAGCUGGUAAUAUUGCAGAUCCACCAAACCGUAACUAUCCAGGAGUUCCUUUCACAGCAGAGCAUUUUAAUCCAUCAUGCAAUAUUAAUAACUGGAAUAAUGGUGUUGAAAUUCGUAAUUGUGAACUUUUGGGACUUCCAGAUCUUAACCAAGGAAAUGAAUAUGUCAGAACAAAGAUUGCAGCAUUUUUAAAUCACUUGAUUGAUCUUGGAGUUGCUGGAUUCCGUGUUGAUGCAAUGAAGCAUAUGUGGCCAGGUGAUCUUGAAGUCAUUUGGAGUCGUCUCAAGAAUUUGAAUACAGCUCAUGGGUUCGCAGCUAAUUCACGGCCUUUUGUUGUUGGAGAAGUAAUUGCUGGAUUUAGCGUUGCAAACGAUGGAUUCCUCGGUAGUGAAUAUUUCCCAUUAGGAACCAUCACUGAAUUCCGUUACUCUCAGGAAAUUUCCCGAGUUUUUGGUGGAAAUGAUCUUUUGAAGUGGCUUCAAAGCUUUGGUGAAGGAUGGGGAUUCUGGCCUUCGAAGUAUGCCUUAACAUUCGUUGAUAAUCACGACAAUCAACGUGAUGGACACGUGUUAACAUACAAAAGUGGAAGAACUUACGAAAUGGCAACAGCUUUUCAUAUGGCAUGGCCUUAUGGAGUUCCAAGAAUUAUGAGUUCAUUCAACUUUACUACUCGCGAUCAAGGACCGCCACGUGAUGCAGUAGGAAACAUUGUCGCUCCAACAUUCAAUGCAGCAGGACAGUGCACAAAUGGAUGGGUUUGUGAGCACCGAUGGCAUCAAAUCAAAGAGAUGGUUAAGUUCAGAAAUGUUGCUGGAAGUGCCGCUGUAGCUAAUUGGUGGGACAACGGAAGUAAUCAAAUUGCAUUCUCGAGAGGAAAUCGAGCAUUUAUCGCCUUCAAUGGACAAUUUGGAGUGCAUUUAAGUGCAACUUUACAGGCGGGACUCGCAGCUGGAACUUAUUGCGAUAUUGCUACUGGAGUAAAAUCAGGAAGUUCUUGUACCGGUGGAUCUGUUACAGUUGCAACUGGUGGAACUGCCAACAUCUUUUUGAGUGCUAAUGUACCACAAGGAUUUAUUGCAAUUCAUGCUGACAGCCGAUUGUAAUUUUUUUGAAAUUCAAAAUUUGGCAUUUUUCAAAUAAAAGCUUUUUAUGCUUAAAAGCAGCCUUUCAGUUGUACAAAUUUAAAUCAAAUGACUUGAAAGCUUUUAGAUUGUCUCUUGAAUGUUUUGUUGAUCAAAGCUUUAACAUUUCAUAUAGAUUACUUUUACAGUUUUUUUUGGCAUA